AGUGUCACAUCGAGAAAAACAGAAAUUAUUACUAAAAUUUUUAUUAAACGAUAAUGAUUAUAUUGAUAAUAAAAUUUGUCGAUAAUUAGAUUUUAGUAACCAGAAAUUUAUUUCAAUAAUAAUUAGUAGUAUUUAAUAAGGACAAUAAGGAACAAAGGGCCAAAAGGCAGUGAGUGACAUUGUUUACGUUGGCAUUUGUACGGUUUGAAAAUUAGUCAUAGUAAACACACGUAAAACCUGGUCCACAAUUCUACAUUUAUAUACCACAUAACAAUAAAAGUGGUAAAAACGGCAAAGAAAUGUUACCAAAAAAAGAUAAAAGAAAAUCGAAGGCUUCUGUUCGCUAUAAAUUUUCCAAUGUGUCAAAAAUAAAAGUUGGUGGUUUUCAAUGCUCGAAAUCAUUUUAUGUACAAAAUUUAGCCUGGAGGAUCACUAUUUAACGAAGGUUAAAUAAAAAUAAAAAUAUAAGUUUCGCACUCUCUAGUAGAUAUGAUCAAAAAGACAAAUUUUUCAUUCCAUUUGCUGAAGCAAAAAUGCGCCUUUGCUCUCAAGAAGGAAAAAAAUAUAUACAAAAAGAAUUCAAACAUCUUUUUAACACCGAGGAGUGUCAUUGGGGAUUCAGCAACUUUUUGAAAUGGGAAGACGUUCUUGAUCCUCACAAAGGAUACAUCAAAGAUGAUUCUGUUACAGUGGAGGUUGAUUUAGAAACAGAUGCACCGAACGGUGCUUCGAAAACUAUUUUUCGUUACACCCUUAGCAAUGUGUCGAAGAUAAGUGUUGAACAAUUCUCUGCUCCAUUCUAUCUUCAAAACUUGCCAUGGGUAAUCAAGGUCGUACCACGACCAGAACAAGUUAAUAAAAAUCAGCCAAAAAAUUCACUUGGAUUUUUUCUUCAAUGUAUUGAAGAAAGCGAAUUUUGGAGUUCUUACGCUAAAGCAGAUUUACGCCUUUCAUCUCACAACUCGGAGCAGGAUUAUUUCAACAAAAAAAUCGAACAUUUGUUUAAUAACAAGGCAAAUGAAGCAGACUUUGGUGACUUUAUAGAUUGGCAAGUUGUAUAUAAUCCCGAAAAAGGUUUCAUUAAAAACGACUCUAUAUCAUUGGAAAUUCACUUAGAAGCAGAUUCACCACACGGCGAAUGUUAUGAUUCAGAACUGUAUAUAACAAGGUCGGAGUUCACUUUUCGCCUCAAUGUGGAUAAUAUUUCGAAAAUGAAAGAUUUUAAACUCUCUGCACCAGUCUUGGUUCGACAAUUGCCCUGGUCGAUAAAAAUUAUACCGCUAUCAGGACAAAAUAAAAAUAAUUCGAUAGAAUUUCUUGGCUUUUUUCUUCAAUGCAAUGAAAAAGGAGAAUCCUGGAAAUGUUACGCCAAUGCUGAAUUGCGUCUUUUAUCUCACCAACCAGGACAGAAACAUUACACCAGGAAAGUCAAACAGCAGCGAAAAUAAUGAUUGGGGAUUUAAUCGUUUUAUGAAGUGGCAGGAUGUUCUUAAUCCUAUUAAAGGUUUUAUUAAGGAUGAUUCUAUAACAGUAGAGGUUCAUCUACUAGUGAAAGACGAACCUGAAAACGACUAAUAUAUGUAAUUUAAUAAUAUAAGAAUUUUACAAAUACCUUCCAAAGUGAAAUUAAAACAAUGAUUAUUAGCAUUGUGACAUUAUUACAUGACACUUAAAUUUUUAGAAUUAAAAAAAGUAAAGCACUCAAUUAUUGAAUGUUUUUUCUACAUUUGUAAAAUAAUAUUUUAGAUAUUAUGUUUAAGUUUGUAUUUCAUUGUCAAUUUAAAUUGACGUUUUCCAAUAAUUGGGUACUUUACACUACAUAGUUUCAAAAAAGUAUGUAAAAGCAAUUAUUUUUUUUCAAUUAUUUUUUUUCUAUUAUUUAAAAAGUUUAAAAAGAAGUUAUUUCAGUCUUUGACUGUUAAAUUCAUUCUUCAUAUUAUUUACUUAUAAUAAGUAUUGUUAGUUAUUUCUUAAAAAAAGUAUUGUUUUACAUUCCAAGAAUGUAUUCUACACAAAAACCUUCCGUAGGUAAUUGCUUUUUUGAACCAUAUUCUAUUGAGCAAUAAAAUUUUGUCUACUUACAUAAGUUCUGUAACGCCUAGUAAAAUAUAACGAUACAAGAGUACAAUGAAUUUUUACAAAAUUUAAUUUGCA